AUGGAUGGUGUGUGUGUGCGGCUGGUGUGUGUGUGUGUGCUGAGUGUGUGUGUCGGCGCUGACAGAAAUGACCACGCCCACCCGAACCAACAUCACCAUCAGCCGGUUUCCGAUGGUAACGCAGCCUCAGUUCUGUGUGCGAUCGACCGGCCUCUCUGUCAGGAUGAGAACUCGCGGCUGAGUUUCGAGGCGAUCUGCAGCAUCCACAAACUGAUGGACGACGACGCGGACGGCUCGGUGGACGCGGCCGAGACGGACGAGUUCCUCAGGGAGGAUCUGAUGUACGGCGACCCCAGAGCCAAGCAGAGCAGCUUCCACCGGGCCGACCAGCACAUCAGCCUGGAGGACAUGUGGGGCGCCUGGAAGAGAUCUGAAGUGUAUGCCUGGACUCUGCAGCAGGUGGAGGAUUGGCUGUGCUCCGUGGAUCUCCAUCAGUACUCCCAGAGCUUCAGGAAACACCAGCUGGAUGGAAAGGCUCUACCCAGGCUGGCGGUGAAGAACACGACGCUGACGCAAUCACUGCUGAAGAUCUCAGACAGAAGUCACGCUCAGAAACUGCAGCUCAAAGCACUCGACAUCGUGCUGUUUGGAGCGCCGCCAGCCCGACACAGCUGGUGGAAGGAUGUGGUUCUAGCCGUGUCGGUCCUGAUGGCGCUGGGCGGCUGCUGGUUCGCCUACGUCCAGACCAGGAAGUCCCGGGACGACCUGGCGAGGCUGGGGAAGGACCUGGAGGGUCUGCAGAGGGCUGAGCAGAGUCUGCUGGACCUGCAAGAGAAGCUGCAGAGGGCCCAGGAGGAGCAGCUCAGCGUUCAGGUGGAGAAGGUGAAGGUGGAGGAGAAGCUGCGGAGCGAGAUUGACUCGGCCAAACAGGAAGCUCAGCGGCUCCAAGAGCUGCGAGAGGGAACGGAGAACAAGAGGAGCCGGCAGAAAUACGCCGAGGAGGAGCUGGAACAGGUGCGUAUGGCGCUGAAGAAGGCGGAGAGGGAGCUGGAGUCGCGGGCUCACUGGGCACCGCCGGAGUCUCUGCAGAAGUGGCUGCAGCUAACGCACGAGGUGGAGGUUCAAUACUAUAACAUCAAGAAACAGAGCGCAGAGAGACAGCUGCUGCAGGCCAGAGAGGGGGCGGAGAAGAUCAAGAAGAAGCGGAGCUCUCUGUUCGGGACGUUUCACGUUGCUCACAGCUCCUCGCUGGACGACGUCGACCACAAGAUCCUCUCUGCCAAACAGGCGCUGGCUGAUGUGACAGCAGCGCUGCGGGAGAAGCUGCACCGCUGGCAGCAGAUGGAGUCCCUGACGGGCUUCUGCCUGGUCAAUAACCCGGGGAUGGGGGCGCUGGCCGCCGCCCUGAACCUGGACCCGGCCUUCCUGGGCCUCAGAGCCCAGACCCCCCAACACCUCAUACUGUCAGACGACCUAGAUGACAUGGACGAGGACAUCCUGUCCCCUGGGACACUGCAGUAUGCAGCGUGGCAGAUGGACCGGCGAGUGAGCGACCUCUGGCCCCUGAGUGGCAUCACAGACAUCCAGUCACCAUGGAAACAAUCUGCUCAGAGUCUGACGCCCCUGCGGCCGCGGACAGGAGACCCCGCUCUGACCUUCAGCUCUCACAGGGACAUCAUGAACCGCUCAGACUCUGACUCCGCCCUCCCUCUGACUCACAGCGAAUCACGCGGCGUGUACAGCUCCAAGCCCCCCCUCGGCCCGUCCAGGCCCCUCCCCCUGCAGGGUCAUGUGACUCGGGUGGGCGUGGCCUCCACAGGAUGUCUGGAGAAGAGCUGCAGCCUCGGGGAGCUGCGGGCCAGCGCCGCCGCUGUCCUCGCCUCCGCAAGCUCCACCCGCUCCCUCUGCAUCACGCCGGACACCGGGCGGGGGCCGGACACCGGGCGGGGGCCGGACGCCGGGCGGAGGCCGGACACCGCGGGCGGCCUGGCCGGAGGCUCGCCGAGCGGCGGGCGGGGGACGGGCCGCGCCGAGGAGGACGGCGGGGACGAGAGCGAGUCGUCAGGCAGCCGCAGGAGAAACGCUUUUAAUAAGAUCUUUAAGAAGAAGCAGGGACGCCAGUGAACGGCUCUGCUUCGGACUCACACCAGGGACGCAUGUUCAAUCUCUAAACGGCGUGUCGCUACGGCUUCCAGGCCCUAUUUUAACGAUCUAAGAGCACGCCGUGAAGCGCCUGGUGCAGGUGUGUUUAGGGCGUGUCCAAAUCCAC